CCCGAUACUAAAUAGAGGCAUUCAUAGGAGCUGCUUAUGCCUUGUCUUACUUGUGCAGUGCACAACACCUAACAACGACGACCAGGGUUUUGCGACUAGCUGUAAUAUUGGUUCGAGUAUAUUAUCUGUAAUCUACGAGGAACGUGCUUGAUAGCGUCUAAAGGAAAAUGUCUUGGGCUGCCAUCGCUAAGACGGCGACGGCGCCGGCUGCCCCGACAGGGGUGCCGGCUCCUACUGCCGACGAGCGUGUGGCUGUAGUAGAUACAAACGCAAUUAUUAGCGGCUUGCGUCUUGAGCAGCUCGCAGACCGCUUCUGCACCAUCCCCGAGGUCCUUGCUGAAGUCCGCGAUAAGCAGGCCCGCACGUUCCUAUCAACACUACCUUUCUCCUUGGAUGUACGUGAGCCUAGUGAUGACUCAGUUAAAGCAGUUCAGCGCUUCGCUCGUGAGACUGGCGACAUCCAUUCGCUGUCUGCUGUGGACUUAAAGCUUCUAGCGCUGGCUCACACCCUGGAAAUUGCCGCGCACGGCAGCGCUAACCUGCGCGAGCACCCAGUACAGGUCCGCACCCGUCAGCGUCACAAGACGCGCCCGCGCGUGCUGCCCGGCUGGGGCCAGGUGACCAACCCUGAGGACUGGCGCGUGGUGGACGAGGCGCCGCAGGAGCUGCUCAGUAACGCACCAGGUGGCCAGAGCCGCAUCAUCGCCGCCGUACAGUCCCUGACACUCGGGGAGGAGGAAUCGGAGCCCGCAGCGACAGCACCGCCGCAACAGCAGGAGGGACAGGUGCAGCAGGAGCAGCAGCAGCAGGCAGCCGGCUGGGGAGGCAGCCUGCCUGCUCUGCCGUUGCCGCCGCCUCGGCAGCAGCAGCAGCAGCCAGCAGAGGAGCAGCCGGCUCAGGCUGCAGUGGCGGCAGCUGCGGGACAGGAGCAGGUGCAACAGCAGGCUGUUGGCGAGGGCGCUGCUGCUGCUGCUGCUGCAGACAAGGGUACGGAGGAGGGUGAUGAGGAGGGUGAUGAGGAGGAUGGAGAUGGCUGGGAGACGGUGAGCAAGAGCCGGAAUGCGGCUCGGCGGCGGCAGCGGAAAGACCGGCGCCGCCAGGCGUGGCAGGAGCAGCAGCAACAACAACAGCCGGCACCGGCACAGCAGCAGCAGCAGCCAGCACAGCAGCCGAAAGGGGAAGAGGGCAGCGGCUGCUGCGGUAAGGCGUCUGAGAUGCCUGCGGCAGCAGCCAAGCAGGAUAAGGAGGCGGCGGCGGCAGGUCGGCAGCAGCAGCAGGGGCAGGAGCAGCAGCAGGACGGGUCCCAAAGCGAGCAGGACGACGAGGAAGGCGAGGAGGAAGAUGAGGACGAGGAGACGGGAGAGAUGGAGGAGGUGGAGGGCUACGAACUAAUCACCGAGGAGGGUGAUGAUGACGACGAGGAGGGCGAGGAAAGUGAGGCGGGUACGGCAGCGGAGGUGGCGACCACCAUGACGGAUGCGGGGGCGACAGAGGCUGGCGCGACGGAUGCAGCGGGCACUGCCUCGGAGCUGGUGGACGAGCUACUGCCCAACACCACCUCCAACGUGUUUUGCGUGACUGCGGACUUUGCGAUGCAGAACGUGAUGCUGCAGAUGGGGCUGCGGCUGGUCACACGCGACGGCAAGCAGAUCACCAGGGUGAGCCGGUGGGCUCUUCGCUGCUCCGCCUGCUUCUUCGUCACCAAGGAGGCGGGGCGGCUGUUCUGCCCGCGCUGUGGCAACAUGACGCUGGAUAAGGUGGAGGUAACGGUGGGCCCCGACGGCGCGGAAUUCUUUGGCGUGCGCAAGAAGUUUAUCCUGAGGGGCACACGCUUCUCGCUGCCCAAGCCCAGGGGCGGUCGCGGCGCCCGCAAGAACCCCAUCCUGCGCGAGGAUGUGCUGCUGGCGCGAACCGGCGGUCGCAUGCGGCAGAAAUCGGCAGCAGCAGCUAGUGGCGAGGUGGACCCCUUUGCGCCCGAGUACGGCAGUGAGACGUGGCAUGCGGCAGGAGGCGGCGGCAGGGGUGGCGGACGGGGCUUGCCGGUGCUGCAGACCUCGUGGAGGCAUAACCCCAACGAGGCUAAGCCGCAGCGCAAGAGCCGCCGGAAGUAGAGGGAAAAGGGCAAGUGGGUUCUGCGCCAUUUGUUCUGCGCCAUUUGGGCCUUUCGGCCUGUGUUUGGUAGGCAGCGUCGGCAGGGGUACAUAGGGCAUGAAGGGGAAGCCGUUUUCGCCUUGAGAAGGCGAGGAGGUCGAAUGUAGGCGGGAGAGGAGCGGAAGCCUUUGACGGUGUUACUGACCGGGGAUGAAAGCGAUGCAAGGGGUUCAGGGUGGGUGGGUUGUUUCGCAGUCUUGCGCAUGGUGGAUGUGGUGAUGCAGGCUUUGUGAUGUUUCCGGUGAAAUUGGGCUCCUGAAAUAAACUGUUGGUAGCGCCGGUUGUAGGGGAAUUUGUCAGAAGGGUUGUUGCUAACGUGCAGGCUUGCUGUUUGCUGACACUGGCGGUUAAAGAGUGCAAUCGGGAGGGAGAAGCGGACAAAAGAGGCGCUGAAAGAUUGUUGCUCAGGACGGAUGCUGUUAUAUGGCGACGGAUAGGGGGCCGCUGGGGUGCUAGUGGGUUCGUACCUGACGUACAUAGGCAGUGAAUCGGACACGCGAGAUGUAACUCGCUCGGGAAUGAACGAUACGCUGCAAAGCCGACAAGGG